GAACAACGAAGCAAGAGCUCUGGAAAGACACUCCUUCACGAACGCAGCGCUUUGCAAGAUCUUCACCAUGAGACAGUCACUCAUGUCCGUCAUCUUCGCCGCAGCACUCUUAUUGGAGUGCUAUACAAUGUCAGUGGCGUUACCCAUGGGCAAGACUGACGAUGGCUCCUUGGAACAGGAUACUUUCGCCUCGCUGCUGAGCGAUGAAACGCCAGAAAACAGCCUCGGCGAUGCAGAUCUACCCACUGUGGGCAAAACCAGAGGGCCGAGGGUAAUCGUCAUCGCUGAUCCAAGUCUGUGGAGGGACCUGCGGGUGCUGCACAAUGGACUGUCCCUUCACAAACGGAGAGCUGACGACAACAGCAUGGUCAUCGAGCACAGAGACGCCGGCCAGGACCUGAGCAUCCCCAUCCUGAGGAGGGACACAAUGAGGUGCAUGGUGGGACGAGUGUACCGGCCAUGCUGGGAAGUCUAGGACUCUGCUCAUCUAGGCAGCGAAACAGAGGACGACCACCACUUCCUUUCCUGCCUCACACUGAGCUGCAACAUAACCCAAAAAUCUAUGUAUCUAUGUCUAACUUAUUGCAGAUCUGAGAAUUAAAACCACUGAA